GCUUCGUUUAGAAAGUGUGCUGUAGCCGCGUACUGCAGGACUUUACGCGCCUUAACUUGUAUUUUCCAGUAUAUUUUGUUUUAUUUCAUAAUAAUAUUCGGCAGUUAUGCAAAUUGGGACAACCAUAAUAUGUUUAAAGCGUGAACUUUAGCCUGGCUCGCGGAAAUCAUCUCUCGUGUAAAUUGUGCCAACAUCUCACUUUUUUGUUCCUACAAGCCUCGAUUGAAGUGUGCAAGAAACACGUUUGUGAUAAAAGUGAGAGUUUCUGUUCGUCGCGACGUUUUUUCUUUCUUUCUCGGCAAGUGGAAUAGGGAGUUUGUUGUUGUUUUUGAAUCAUUUUUGGCCUUUUAAAUUCCUACGUAGUUAGCUGCCUACUAGUGUGAAGUGUGGUUGAAUAAAUUUACUGGUCAUUAUGUUUGUGAAGCGAAGAAAGUUGGCUAAUUCUAACAACAAUGUUAUGUUGAAUAAUUCAAACUAUGAAAGCAAUGAAAACCAUAAGGUGGUAAAAACACGCUGCAGUAAGCAUAAAGAUUGCAACGGUGGCACAAGUGAGUGCCUGCAAGUUGCAACCAAUGUCACCGAGCAAAAGCAUAACGUAACCCGCGAGGUUCGUGGUCAGAAUCUGGGCUUAUGUCGAGGCUUUCGGGGGUGCACCGUUUGGUUAACGGGAUUGAGCGGGGCUGGAAAAACAUCAAUCGCCUUCGCGCUGGAGGCGUAUCUGGUAUCGAAAGGCAUUCCCGCAUACGGCCUCGACGGAGACAACAUAAGAACAGGUCUAAACAAAAAUCUGGGGUUCUCACAGGUUGACCGCGAAGAGAAUAUUCGGCGGGUAGCGGAGGUGGCUAAGCUGUUCGCCGAUAGCGGAGUCGUUUCGAUAUGUAGCUUCGUAUCACCGUUUGCCGAAGAUCGUGAAAUGGCACGAAAAAUUCACAAAGAUUCCGAUUUAAAGUUCUUUGAAAUCUAUGUGGACACUCCGUUGGAAGUUUGUGAAUCCCGCGAUGUGAAAGGAUUGUACAAGAAAGCUCGCCAGGGAACUAUCCAGGGUUUCACUGGUGUGACACAGGCAUAUGAGGCUCCAGAAAAUCCAGAUUUGGCGGUUUCAACGGAGGGAGUAACAGUGAAGCAAUCAACCCACAAAUUAAUAAAACUACUAGAGGAUGAAAAUAUUAUUCCCGUUUUUCUAAAGGACGAUGAACCAAUCCCCGAGUUGUUUGUGCCAGAUAGUUUGAAAGCUUCGAUUGUGGAAGAAGCAAAGACACUUCCAUCAAUUUCGAUAACGACUGUUGAGUUGCAGUGGCUUCAAGUACUGGCAGAGGGCUGGGCGCAUCCUCUGAAGGGUUUCAUGCGCGAGAAAGAGUAUUUGCAAGCAUUGCACUUCAACUGUGUGUUGAACGAAGAUGAAACGAUGCGAGAAAAUCAAUCCAUUCCAAUAGUAUUAUCGGUUAGUGAGAAUGAUAAGAGUAAACUUGACGGUGUCAGUGCCCUUUCGUUGUCGUACGAGGGUCGUUUAGUUGCAAUUUUAAGGAAACCUGAGUUUUACUAUCAACGAAAGGAAGAACGAUGUGCCAGACAGUUUGGCACCGACAACGCUAAUCAUCCGUAUAUUAAAUUGAUCGUAGAAUCUGGUCAGUAUUUAGUAGGUGGCGAAGUAGAGGUAAUUGAACGAAUAUACUGGAAUGAUGGUUUGGAUAGUUAUCGACUGACUCCAAACGAACUAAGACAAAAGUUCCUCGAAAUUGAAGCCGAUGCUAUAUUUGCCUUUCAACUGCGCAAUCCUAUACAUAACGGACACGCUUUGCUAAUGAGUGACUGCAGACGUCAAUUGUUGGAGCGAGGGUUCAAAAACCCAGUACUUUUGCUGCAUCCCCUUGGCGGGUGGACCAAAGAUGAUGAUGUACCGCUACCAGUGAGAAUGGCCCAACAUCAAGCCGUUCUGAACUCCGGAGUGCUGAAACGAGAGCAUACCGUUUUGGCUAUUUUCCCUUCGCCAAUGAUGUACGCCGGCCCGACAGAAGUCCAGUGGCAUGCCAAAGCAAGAAUGAACGCAGGAGCUAAUUUCUAUAUCGUUGGGCGUGAUCCAGCCGGUAUGCCACACCCUGACAAGCAAAUGUAUCCAGACGGUAACCUAUACGAUGGAACGCACGGCGCACGGGUGCUUAAAAUAGCUCCGGGUUUGGAUAGUAUAGAGAUUUUACCAUUCCGAGUGGCAGCGUACGACAAGUCCGUCUCGAAAAUGGCAUUUUUCGAGCCAAGUCGGAAAGAUGAUUUCGACUUCAUCUCAGGAACGCGGAUGAGAAUGCUAGCUCGUACCGGGCAAGAUCCUCCGAGUGGAUUCAUGGAACCGGAAGCGUGGAAAAUCUUAGCCGAGUACUAUCAAUCGCUGAAAGCGAGCGAAAAUUGAUAAUUUUGUGCAAUUACUACUAAUAGUACUAGAUAGCAACAUGUUUACAGUCAAUACUACAAAACUUAGGAUCACUUAACGCCAA